GCAGCCACUCACUGCCCACGCGUGGUGCUGCCGGUGCCGGGCUGCGGCGCCGACACGGUUAAGGCACCGGUAGGAUCCGGGAGCCGGGCUGCACGCCACCGGCAGCCAAACUUGCCGAGUCAGGAUGUGAGAGCAGCAGGAACGGCUCUGCAGCAUCCCUGGGUGCUGCCGCAUCCCGAGGUGCGGAGGGCUCGGCUUUCCCCUCCUGCACCGGAUGCCUCUUCCCAGGGACAGCGCGGGAAUGGGGUAGGAACCGCCAUCCGCCGUGCUUGCCCCCGGCUGCCGCAGCUGCUCUGCACCGGCCCCGCUUCCCAAACCCGCAGAGCCGCCGGCUCCGCUUUUAUCCCAUUGUUGGUUUUGCCUCCUGACCGCGCAUCUCCAUCCGAGCACCGGAGCCAGGGGUGAGGCAGCGAGCGGCUCCGGGGAGCCCAGGCUGGCUCCAUGUAUCCCGAAUCCACCACUGACUCCCCGGCGCGACUCUCGCUGCGGCAGACGGGCUCCCCAGGCAUGAUUUACAGCGCGAGGUACGGGAGCCCCAAGCGCCAGCUCCAGUUCUACAGGAACCUCGGGAAGUCUGGGCUGCGCGUGUCCUGCCUGGGCCUGGGAACAUGGGUGACAUUUGGAGGGCAGAUCACAGACGAGAUGGCAGAGCAGCUGAUGACUUUAGCCUAUGACAACGGCAUUAAUCUCUUUGACACGGCAGAAGUCUACGCCGCCGGCAAGGCCGAGGUGGUGCUGGGGAACAUCAUCAAGAAGAAAGGGUGGAGACGGUCCAGCCUGGUCAUCACCACCAAAAUCUUCUGGGGAGGAAAGGCUGAGACAGAGAGGGGCCUGUCCCGAAAACACAUCAUAGAAGGGCUGAAGGCAUCCCUGGAGCGGCUGCAGUUGGAGUACGUGGACGUGGUGUUCGCCAACCGGCCCGACCCCAACACGCCAAUGGAAGGGGACCCAUUUAGUUCCUCCAAGUCCAGGACUUUCAUCGUAGAAGAGACGGUGCGAGCCAUGACCCACGUCAUCAACCAGGGGAUGGCCAUGUACUGGGGGACCUCGCGCUGGAGCUCCAUGGAGAUCAUGGAAGCAUACUCGGUGGCCCGGCAGUUCAACCUGAUCCCACCAAUCUGCGAGCAGGCCGAGUACCACAUGUUCCAGCGGGAGAAGGUGGAGGUGCAGCUGCCCGAGCUCUUCCAUAAGAUAGGUGUCGGAGCCAUGACCUGGUCCCCGCUGGCCUGCGGCAUCGUGUCGGGGAAGUACGAUGGGGGGAUCCCCCCCUAUUCCCGCGCCUCACUGAAGGGAUACCAGUGGCUGAAGGACAAGAUCCUGAGCGAGGAGGGCCGGCGGCAGCAGGCGAAGCUGAAGGAGCUGCAGGCAAUCGCCGAGCGCCUGGGCUGCACCCUGCCGCAGCUCGCCAUCGCCUGGUGCCUGCGCAACGAGGGCGUCAGCUCCGUCCUGCUGGGAGCCUCCAACGCUGACCAGCUGAUGGAGAACAUCGGAGCAAUACAGGUCCUUCCAAAGCUGUCGUCUUCCAUUGUCCACGAGAUCGAUAGCAUCCUGGGCAACAAACCCUACAGCAAGAAGGACUACCGCUCCUAAGCGCCCGCCGCGCAGCCCUCGCCGCCCCAUCGCUUGCUUACGCUUUGUGGGAGCAAAGUGUUGAGCGUGGCUCGCGCCACGGGCCCACCACGCUGCCCCAGCCCAUCGCACCGCUGCGCCCGGCGGGGCUCUGGCGCGGGGGCACAGGCGCUGGCGGGGCGCGCACCGGGGCCGGAGCCACCGCGGGGACCCGUUGCAUGCGUCGCUGCCAUCGGUGGUCGCGGCGGUGCGAGCGGGUGCUGUACGUCCGGAUGAGGCCGACAACACGAAGCUGUUCCCCA